AUGUCGUCGAACCAUAGGAAUGGAGGAAAUGUUGAGAUCGGAAAAAGUCAGUGGUUAAGUAGGAAGCCGGCCAGACCAGUUCAAUCAAUCAUAGGACCCCGACCUAGUGACCUUUUAGUCACGGGUGGCAGAGAGUGGAAUACGGAGCUCCUACAACAAUGUUUCAGCGAUGCAGACAUUCGACUGAUGCUUGGUAUCAGACCAGGAGGUGCAAGUAGUAAAAACGGGUAUAGCGGACUAUACAAAUUAGCCUGGGAAACAGAUACCAAUCCAAAGGUUCAUCACUUCCUAUGGCGCUGCCUUAGUAACAACCUGUCUGUUGCGAAAAGCUUGAAGAAACGGCGAGUCCUCAGAGAUGACUCGUGUUGCCGUUGUCGUAAUGAAGAGGAAGACGUGAACCACUUGCUUUUUCAAUGUACUUUCUCCAGGCUUGUUUGGGCAAUCUCAGGUAUUCCCGCACCACCAAAUGGAGUUAUGGACAACUAUGUAUACUCUAACCUCUAUCGCAUGCUUACCAUCCCUGAUCAAUUUCCUCAAGAUGCGGACAAAGGGAAGCUCGUUUUCCUUGGAUCCUAUGGAGAGUCUGGAAAAACAGGAAUGAGUUGGUCUUAA